GGUGGAGAAGGGGGUUCAGGGCCGGGCAGGGCACCUCCAAAAAUGGGGAGCGUUUCCAAACAGGUCUGAGAUGAUCUUAGGGACCCACAGAGUAGGUUGGGGAUGAUGGGCACAGUGGGAGUACAUGUUUUGGGGUUUGAGGAGACAGAAGUGUUUGGGGUCUAAGAGGAGAUAGCAAUGAAUGGCUUUGUGCUGCUGCAGGGCUGAGCCUGGAGCCACACUGGUGUGGAGCACGGACCCCCUGCCACCACUACCCAGGGACCUCUGAGCCACCCCACAGGGGGACACGUCCCUGCUUGGUGGCACAGCCGCAGUGCAGCCGGACAGACACGGGGACAUGGGCGCCGGGGGCGGUGGGAGCAGGUUAAUGGUGACACACAGGGACACGGAAGCAGGGCGAGGGUGGCACGGGGGAGGGGGAAGCCAGAGACACGCGCGGAGAACGGGACUUUACCUUCCUCGGCGUCUGCAUUGCAAAGGGCAGCAUGCACCAUGCGAACAGAGACAGGGGUUAGAAACAACGGCACGGCAACCGCGGGGACGGGGACGCCCUCCUGCCACCGCGCACCGCACAAGCCACGCCGGCCCCCUCCCCAGGCAUCGCUGCAGUGACAAACCGUGGGGGUCCCUUCCCUUUGAGCCCCCCCGCACCAUGGGCACCGCUGGGAGCAGCUCAGCUCUGCCCCAGAGCACAGGGAGCCACUUUUGGAUCCAGCCCACGGCCAAGGAAAUUGCGGCGCUGGUGAAACCCAGCUGGCUCUGGGCACUCCCAGUGUCCACGAGGCACGGGGGAGGCUUCAGCAGCAGCAGCACAGACCUGGGGGUGGGAUGUUCCCCCGAGCAGGAUGCAGCAAGGCUCCCCCCACCAGCAGAAUCUGGGGUUCCCCCCAUAGGAGGCUCCCAUGGAGAGGCUCUGGAGGUGCCUGAGCAUCCUGCUGUGGUGGCUGCAGUGGAGCCCUGCUGCCCUCUAGUGCCUUGAGAGCGCCCCAUGGGCCAGCACUGCACCCCAAGAACACCCCACGGCCAGCCCUGCACCCCAGCGUGCAUCCAGACCCCUCUGGUCUCUCCCUCUUCAUCCCCAGAUCAUCUUUUCCCCCAGGGCUGCGAAUUCCCUGGGUGCAGCCACCAGCUCCAGGUGCCCAUUUUGAGGGUGACAUGCCCAGCUCUCCUGCCAGCAUGCAGCACCACAGGGGCUUCCAGCACAACAGGCAGAAAGAGAAAGCCACAGGGGGAGAAGAGCAGCCCCCAAAACCAAAUUUGCCAUCCCCAGGAACGGAGAGCAAAGCUGGUGCUGUGGGAGACACACACCCAUGGUGAAUGCUGUGUGCCAGGGCAGCCCUGCCCCAAGUCACCAGUAGUGCUGACAGGACUGGGCUGGGACUCCUCACAAGCAGCAAGCAAAUUUGGGGCUGCCAGGACCCAGCCAGGGUCAGAGUUGGUCCCAGCACACCAGCAGCAUCCCAAGCCCCCAUAUCAGCACUGCAUGGCCCCCCUCAAAGCAGAGCCCUCCCCA